AUUAGCUGAAUCGACGUUCCACUAUGCUUGCUUCACGUCCUUUCACGAAUGCCCGGCCACUUCGCGCUUCGCGCGCUGCCGCUCGGCCAGUAGUAGUUCGCGCGCAAGCAACUGCAACCAGCUUGCGACAACUGCUCGAUGACGCGUCCGCGGCCGGGCUAGGGAAGACCCGCUUCAUCGUAAUUGGAGACGCGAUUCUGGAAAGCGUUAAUGACUGGGGCGCUGUGCGCUACAAUGAGACGCCCAGCCGGGGGCUGCUGGCUACGAUUGCCUCAGAGGACAAGUCAUUCGAGUGCCACAUCCCGCUCAGCAAGGUAAAGGAGAUCAAGUUCGCCAAGUCCAAGGCCAAGGCCGGUGACUAUGACGUGUACGCCACUCGCUUUUUCGGGGAGGACGGCAAGGUGAUGCUGUCGUGCGUGCUGCACGGCAGCGCUGGGCAGUACGACCCCAAGGCGGUGGCGGCCUGGAACAGCCUGGCACAGAAGUACGGCGAGAGCGUCAAGUUCUGAGCGAGGUUGGAUGUGGACAGACCGAAAUGGCGUGUUCAGAUGUGGAGGCCCAGCUGUCGAGUAGUUACAGGCGUGGCGAGGCGAUGUGGAAACGUAGAGAAUGGCGAAUGGCGCCAUGAAAGCAUGAGUGCGAGAGGCAUGGGUGUAAGGUAAGCGAAUCCUAUGGGUUGCAUGGGUAGGAGAGGUGCGGGCCUUCUGGCUUUUGCGGUCCGCCAGAAUGUAAUACCCGUAUAUAUGUAAUGCGCUGCCCGGCACCGCCAGCGCCCACUAUGUCCACCUCUCACGUGCGGGGCUCCAAAGCACUGAGCAGCGCUGGGUCGCAUGCUGGGACCGGCCAACAGGCCGCUGCCUCGGGGUCCUCCCACACCUGUUCCAUCGUUUUGAUGACCCGCCGGGCCCCUCACCAGAAUGCCGUGACAUGUACGGUACGGUCGACGGUGCCAGUCAAAAGCCAACCAGGGGCAGCGGGCACGAUGGCGCCUGCACACCCCCAGAUCCCAUUCAACGCUGAGCUGUGCAGUGCCUGCCUGCCCGGGGUGCCGCGUGCGACGGUGCAGGAGGCGUUCCUGCUGCUGCUGCAGCUGCUGCUCAAUUAGCUGCAGGCCUGCAGCUUGUUGCAGUAAAACUCUGUUGCAUAACUGCUUAGUGGGCGUCCUUGUCAGCC